UCAUUCUUCUUCUUUAUCAACUCCUAAAUUAAACAAACCCUAAAAGGAAGCUUAGCCAGAAGAAGGUUUAAAUUUCCUACAUAUAACAAUUCCAUUCAGUUCGCUUUCAGAAAAUAUUUGGUAGUGAUAAUGGAGGAUGAAAGAGUAAUUGGUCUUCCUCCAGGUUUUUGUUUCGAUCCAACAGAUGAAGAGAUUGUUAUGUAUUAUCUCAAAAGUAAAGUUGCAGGCUUAUCGUUCUAUCCCAGCAUCAAUAUUCCUUAUAUUGAUUUUUCUUCUUCUGAUCCUUCAGAACUCAAUGAGAAGGCUUUGUGGGGCAAAAAUCAGUGGUAUUUCUUCAGCCAAGUGAAGGAAAAUCGAGCUACAAGACAAGGAUAUUGGAAGGAAAUACAUAUGAAUGAGCCAAUUAUACUUGAAAAUUUUGGAGAAAAAAUGGUAGGAAUAAAGAAGUAUUUUGUGUACUAUAAUAUUCAUGAAGUACAAAGUAAUUGGAUUAUGGAAGAAUUCCACCUCUCUAGCAGUAAUUCCUUCAAGAAGCCUACCAAGAAAAGAGAAAAUGAAAUGGAAUUGGUUUUAUGUAGAGUACAUGAAUCGAACAACCAAUCUCAAGGGAUAAAUUGCCUCUAUAGAAAUUGUGAUGAUGAAGUUGAGCUCUCAGCUUUGGAUGAAGUCUUUUUAUCUAUCGAUGAUGAAGAAGAAAAGGAGAUAAGUUUUCCAUAAGAGCUAUAGGUCUUAAGUAAUGUUAUAGUACAUAUGUUAUAAUUAUACUUUAGUACAUAUAUAUUUGUAUAUAUAAUACAGUAAUGUAAUAGUGUACGUAUAGCAUAUGGUCUUUCAUAUAUUAUACUUUGAGUACAUAUAACUUGUAUACACAUUUAUGUAAUAUCAUAUAUAGGGUGUCUCUCAUAAUUGUACGUUGCAUAUAUACGUGAAUACAUCAACUCCUACUUAUGAGUU